AAAUCAAAGGUUUCUUGCUCCAUGAAGCGAGAUGUUGCAAGUUGCAACAGUUGGUUUCAGACUGAGCAGCACAGCGAAGCUCACACGCCGCGGACACCACACACCCCACCGGCCAUGGUUUUCUCGUCUUCUUCUGCAGCGAUGUGGAUUCCGCGUCAAUGGCCAAGCCAACCUCGCGCGCUCCUGCUCCGAGGUAGCCGUAGUAAUCAGUUCACAAGGGAAGUCAACCGAGUCAUCGAGGCGACGAGGUCGGAUUAAUUUGUUUAUGGCGCGCGGCAAGGAAACAAACGGCGCGAACGCGUGAGAAUCUUGUGCUCCGAUCUAGUAGUAGUAGUAUCAGCUUGUUUGCGAGGACCCAAGCGAGGUCAAACGGAGGGGGGAGGCCGCCAUUGGAGAGGCUCGCUCUGCAUCGUUGCCAGCAUAGAUGGCGGAAGCUGCACUACUUGCUCUUUCAAAGAUUGGUUCCUAUGCAGCAAUUGAAGCGGCCAUGGUUGCUAAAUCCAAAAUUUCUAAUCUAAUGGAGCUCUCAGCUACUGUGCAACGGAUACGGAGGCAAUUUUUGAUGAUGAACUUCUUUAUACGGAAAAUGGGUGCCUCUUACCUCAGCGAUGAGCUCCUGAAGGGAUGGAUCGCAGAGGUGCGAAUGCUGGCGUACCGUGUUGAGGAUGUAUUGGACAGCUUUUUCUACCAUUCUAUUCAAUUCAAGAAAGAUAAGUUCCUGAAUAAGAUUGUUAAGGGAUCACACUAUGCUGUUGUUUUUAAUGCAAUUGCUGAUGAGUUGGUUCAGAUAGAGAAGGAUAUUGAGCAUGUUUCAAAGUUGAAGGACAUGUGGGUUUACCCUGUCAGUCAGCUUAUUCCUACUCAAGUCACCAUCUCUGAACACCGAUUUCCUCAGUACAGUUUUCCCCGACUAAUGAAAGAUGAGGAUCUUGUGGGGAUGGAGAAUAACAGACAACACUUAAAGCAAUUAUUCAGUCAUGGAAUUUCAGCUCUCAGGGUGAUAUCUGUGUGGGGUAUGGGUGGCAUGGGGAAGACCACAUUGGUCCUUAAUGUAUAUGAGCAACAUAAGGAGAAAUUUGACAUUAAUGUGUGGCUUACUGUGUCUCAAGCAUUUUCUGUGGAGGCUUUGCUGAGGAAGCUAUUAUGGGAGAUAAGGCGUAGAUGUGAGCUCACAACACCAGGUGAUGGUGAUAGUGUCAACAAGGAGCAGCAGGCUUCAGAUGAGACUGACAAACUGGAGGUUUCACAAUUGAAAGAACUGAAGGAUGAGUUAAAGAAAGCAUUAAUGCGAAAGAGAUUUAUGGUUGUACUUGAUGAUGUAUGGGACCGUCAAGUAUUUGACAUGAUGCAUGAUGUGUUUGAGGAUUUUAGGAAUGGAAGUCGCGUUGUGAUCACGACAAGGAGAGGGGAUGUGGCUGCUCUUGCUCACGAGGGUUGCCAGCUCAAACUUAAUCCGUUAGAAUUGAACGAUGCCCUCCUCCUGUUCAGUAAAAAGGCAUUUCCUAAUAGCAAUGACCUUGAGUGCCCCUUAAAGCUCAAGGACCUAGCCACAGACAUUGCUAAGAAAAGCAAUGACUCAUCACUGACAGAGUGCCGAUUGGAGCUAAAUGGGCUAGCUACUGAUAUUGCAGAGAAAUGCAACUGUUUGCCUUUGGCAAAUAGCCCAGCACAGGUUCAAGAGCUAGUUGCUUAUAUUGUAAAGAACUGCCAGGACUUAUUACAGAUGGAAAAUAAUCCAUCUGGGCUUCAGAAGCUUGCUACUGAUAUUUUAAAGAAAUGUGAGCUCUUGCCUUUGGUGAAAUGCUCAGCAGAGUUGCAGAAGCUCGCCAUUGAGAUUGUAAAGAAAUGUGGGGGCUUGCCGCUUGCAAUUGCUUCAGUAGGCAGCUUGCUGUCUGCAAGGAUGCAAAUAGAGUGUGUGUGGAAGCAGAUUCAUGAUCAGCUUCCAUGUGAGCUGGAGAAGGAUGAUCAGGUCCGAGGAGUUCUAACUCUGAGCUACUAUGACUUGCCUGGAGAGCUCAGAAAUUGCUUUCUGUACUGCAGCAUGUUCCCAGAAGAUUACCUCUUGUCAAGGGAGGUUCUUGUGAGACAGUGGAUUGCGGAAGGUUUUGUGGAAAAGAAAGGGGACAGCACUCUGGAGGAGGUGGCAGAGGGAUAUCUCAUGGAGCUGGUUCAUCGAAACAUGCUUCAACUCGUGUAUAAUGAUGAGCUUGGCAGGGUUAGUACAUGCAGCAUGCAUGACAUUCUGAGAGAGCUGGCUCUUUCUAUCUCCAAAGCAGAGUUGUUUGGCACCGCAAACAAUUUUAGUGAGAUGGCACAGAUGAACACAAAUGUGCGUCGCCUGUCAGCAUGUCGAUGGACACACACAGAACAUGAUUUAUCAAAGAUAAAAUUCCCACAUCUUCGAACCGUAAUUGCACUCCAGUCAAGUAUGGAUUUUGUACCAUCAAUAUUAUCUGAAUCUAAGCACCUUACUGUCCUUGAGCUGCAAGACUCAGGAAUCAACCAAGUCCCAGCAUCGAUAGGGGAUCUUUUUAACUUACGGUACAUUGGCCUAAGGAACACAGCAGUAAAAUCUCUACCGGACUCUAUAGAGAAGCUCGUGAAUCUUCAAACUCUUGAUGCUAAGUCAACCAAGAUAGAAAAAUUACCUAGUGGGAUAGUGAAGCUCUAUAAGUUAAGACACUUGCUGAUUGACAGAUUAAGUGAUGGUACAAGAACGGAAUUCCGGUAUUUCGAAGGAGUGGUAGCACCAAAAGGGUUAUCGAGGUUGGAAGAACUGCAGACACUUGAGACUGUAGAAGCUAGCAAGGACUUGGGGGAACAUCUUGAAAAAAUGAUCCAAUUAAGAAAUCUCUGGAUCGGCAAUAUAAAAGCUGGGCACUGUGCACAGCUGCUUGCUUCAUUGUCUAAGAUGCCGCUUCUUUAUAGCUUGCUUCUGUGUGCAAGUGAUGAGGAGGAGAAACUUAACAUCGAAAAACUCGUACCGACAUCCACAAUGCUCCAAAAGCUAAUUAUCAGAGGAUGCACCAGUGAGAGCACACUUGAGUGCCCGGUGUUUCAGGACCAUGGACGACGCCUGAAGUAUCUAGCUCUAAGCCGGUGUCACCUUGGGCAUGAUGCAUUUGAGAGGCUCGAAAAGUGUGUGCCGAACCUGACAUAUUUGAGUCUUAACAAGGUGCAUACCAAUGGUGCACACACUUUGGUUCUUCCUGCAAAGUCGUUUCCGCUGCUGAAGACACUCGUCUUGAGGAACAUGUCCAAUGUCAAUCUUCUGAAAAUUGGAGCUGACGCCCUUAAAUGUAUCGAAGGUUUAUACAUUGUGUCAUUGUCAAAUCUAAAGAGCGUCCCUGAAGGCAUUGAAUCCCUUAGCUCCCUUAAGAAACUCACCCUUCUAGGCUUGCACAAUGACUUCAAAGCUGAGUGGAACAAGAAACGAAUGCACGAGAAGAUGAAACAUGUCACUAAGCUUCGUGUGUACGAGUGGUCCUAAUUCAGUAUAGUCCUGCAUGGAUCUGAAGAACAUGAAGCUGCAUGCUGCACAACUGGUGAAUCCGUGAUUGCAGGUUUUCUCAGAUAUCUAUAUUUUUUUGGAUACUGUAGUUCUGUAAUUGCAUAAUGCUUUAAAUCCUGUUAAUAAGUCCUGGAACAAUGGUAUUUUGCCAUCCGGAAGAUUAUUCAAGUUCUGUAUUUUUCUGUUUUCUUGGAAGCUGGUUUUCUUGUAAGAAAUGGCACAUAUCAGCCCAGCUUUAUUUGCAAGUAGUGUAAGGAUUCUCUCCA